AUGCAUCUUAGCGAGCACGAGGGCAUCGAGGGGAACACCUUCGUGGUGACGGGAGGGUUAGGGUUCGUAGGUGCGGCCCUCUGCCUGGAGCUCGUCCGCCGCGGCGCCGCCGAGGUCCGGUCCCUCGACCCCCGCCCCGCCUCCUCCUGGUCCAUCCAGCUGCGCAAGGCCCGUGUCGAGUGCAUCCAAGGGGACGUGAGUCGGAAGAAAGAUGUUGAAAAAGCUUUACGAGGUGCAGAUUGUGUUUUUCAUCUUGCUUCAUAUGGAAUGUCAGGGAAGGAAAUGCUCCAAGCUGGGCGUACUGAUGAAGUUAAUAUAAAUGGAACCUGCAACAUGUUGGAUGUCUGCCAUGAGUUUGGUAUCAAAAGGCUAGUUUAUGUGAGUACAUAUAAUGUUGUCUUUGGAGGAAAGGAGAUUGUAAAUGGGAAUGAAUCAUUACCGUAUUUUCCUAUUGAUGAACAUGUUGAUCCAUAUGGCCGGAGUAAAUCUAUUGCAGAACAGCUGGUUCUUAAAAGUAAUGGUCGUCCAUCCAAGAAAAAAGAUGGUUGCCUUUAUACUUGUGCAGUUCGUCCUGCUGCUAUUUAUGGACCCGGUGAGGAAAGGCACUUUCCAAGAAUUAUUUCCCUUGCAAAGCUGGGUUUGGCGUUAUUCAAAGUGGGCAGUCCAAGUGUAAAAACAGACUGGGUCUAUGUGGAAAAUCUUGUUCUUGCUCUGAUAUUGGCAAGCAUGGGACUUUUAGAUGACAUUCCUGGUAGAGAAGGACAUCCUGUGGCGGCUGGGCAACCAUAUUUUAUUUCUGACGGCUCACCAAUCAACACUUUUGAGUUUAUAAUGAAGCCUUUGUUUCAGAGUUUAGAUUAUGGCUGGCCAAGACUGACGUUAGGUGUCCAUCCUGCACUGUUGAUGGCACGGAUUUUUUGGGUCAUUUAUACACUUUUAUAUCCAUGGCUCAAUCGUAGAUGGCUUCCACAACCUCUGCUUCUUCCAGCCGAAGUUUACAAGAUUGGUGUGACACACUACUUCUCCAUUGUGAAAGCUAGGCAAGAGCUAGGCUAUGUACCAAUUGUGAGCCCUCAGGAGGGCUUGAACGCCACAAUCUCAUAUUGGAUGGAGAGGAAGAGAAAAGAGCUGGAUGGCCCGACGAUAUUUACCUGGCUCUUCUCGAUCCUGGGGAUGACUAUAUUGUUUUGUGCAGCUUACGUGCCUCCUGUGGGACCUUUUGCUUGGACAAGGGCAAUUGGUCUUUUCUUCUUCCGGUCAGUCUGGACCCUGAGACUCGUCUUCAAUGUGUCAGCAGCUUUGCAUGUCAGUGAAAGCAUCUACGCCUGGUACCUCUCGAGAAGAAUCGACCCUGCAAAUUCUAAGGGGUGGUUUUGGCAAACACUGGCGCUGGGCAUCUUCUCACUGAGAUUUCUGCUGAAGAGAGGGUGAAACUGAGGUAGUGACCCCCCCCCCAAACAUUGUCAUUGUUUUAUGUAGAUUCACAUUCAUAUGCAUCAAACAUGUGGAGGAUUAAACUUUUAUGAUGCAUGGUAUGCAAAAUAUCUAAAGCUCUUUUCACGUCAUCAUCAUGAUGGAAAAGUGCGUUGGUUUGAUGAGAAGUGCUUGUAUUUUGAUGAAAAUUGCGUUGGUUUGAUGACACCAACCAUAUUUACCAUGCAACAGCAUUCAAAGCAAUGGUAAUAAAACUGGUAAUGGAAAAACAGGUUCCUGCUUAAGGCUUCAUUCUUUGUUGUUAUCCUUUUUUUUUUUUUAUCAUUAUGGAAUGACACACCAAAGUUGUAUUUUUGGUAUUCAAUUAGACCUUCGAAAAGACUCGUUUGCUUC